AUGGGUAUCAAAAUCAUCAUCGUAGGCGGCAGCGUCGCCGGCCUUUCUCUUGCAAAUAUGCUUGAGAAGUUCGACAUUGACUACACGAUUCUCGAAGCGUAUUCGCAGAUUGCUCCCCAAGUCGGAGCCAGUAUCGGCUUGCUUCCCAACGGCCUGCGCAUUCUGGACCAAUUGGGCUGCUACGAGCGACUCCGAGAGGCUGCUGGAAACUACUACCACAGAGUGGUCUUUCGCGAUGCUAAGGGGAAGCCCAUUUCCUCAAACCCCGGCCCAACCAUCUCUGAGAGGAUGGAGAAACAUGCCGGAUACGCAUCCUUGUGGGUGGACAGACAAAUGCUGCUGCAGAUUCUGUAUGACAACUUGAAGCAGAAGGACAAAGUCCUCACCAAUAAGCGCGUCGUUCAUGUGGAAACCAGCUCUACUGGAGUUGUGGUGAAAACGGAAGAUGGAUCGACAUAUGCUGGCGACAUCUUGGUCGGCGGCGACGGAGUUCACAGCAAGGUACGGCAAGAGAUGUGGCGGAUAGCGAGUGUCUCUGAUCCAACCGCUUUUCCGCCUGAAGAGAGAUCGAUCGUACAAUCGAGCAUGAAAUGCAUCUUCGGCAUUUCUAAACAACCGACGAAUUUCCCAACCGGUGCCACUCAACAGUCCUCCUUCUUCCGUGGGCACCUGUACCUGGUCAUAUCGGCACCAGGCGGCCGAGUAUAUUGGUUUCUGUUCCAUGAAUUAGAUGGGACCAAGCAUGGGAAAGACAUCCCAAAGUUUUCUAAAGACGACGAGCUGCUCCUCGCGACUCAAUAUCGAGACGAUCACAUCACGGAAGACAUGACGUUCGGGGACCUCUACGACAACCGCAUCAAGUCUACAUUGGUCCCAUUAGAAGAGCACGUCUUCAGGAGGUGGCAUUUUCAGCGAAUUUUGAUCAUCGGAGAUGCGGCAACCAAGGUCCAUCCGAUUGCUGCCCAAGGAGGAAAUGGUGCGAUUGAGGCGGCAGCGAAUCUCGUCAACGCCCUCACACGGAGCGAGUUCCCAUCCUCUCCAGAUCUGAAACUCGAGUUCAUCGAGAAGGCACUUGGUGAAGUGUGCGCUAUUCGAUACGAACGAGCCUCGAGCAUGAUGAAGAAGGGUCGUCGCGAUGGCUCCUUUCUUUGCCAGCAGCCGCCAUUUUCAGGUUUUCUUAUUCAUUACGUUUUGCCCUGGCUCGGAGAUGACCUAUUUUUCAAGGAGGUCCUUAAGCAGUCUCUCGCUGGCCCACGCAUUGAGAAGCUCCCUGCCCCGGAAAGACCCCAUGCAACACCGUACAAUGACGAGCUGCCUCAGACCUCUGCUGGAUCUUCUUGGUUUGGUUGGACUACGGGGACGCUCACAGUGGUGACUCUCGGUGUGGCUCUGGCCCUCGCCCAAAAUGCUGGACGGUUGGCAUGGGUGGCCAAGAGCCGCUGA